GAAGCAAAUUAAAUUUUACAAACACGGAGGACGGGUUUUAGACAACAUCGUGCUGUCAGGAGUAUGUGACAAGUAAAAUGGCUUCUCUCCCACCAUACGAAGAACUCGUGCGCUGGACAGUCGUGGACACGACGAGGUGGCUGGCAGAGAUUUCAUGUGGAUGCAUGAGUUGAACAUGCUGUCUCUGAAGUUUGAUCACAGAAUCCUGAUUUGUCACCAAUAUUGUAGUCAUCUGGAUGACUUCAAGGAUCCGUUCAAAAAGCAAGGAGUUGAUGGAUCCAAACUAGCUAAACUUACUGAUACUGAUAUUGAUGGUUUCAAAGUUUCAUCAACAAAGAAGAGAAUUCAACUGAAGAACGCUGUCAGUAGCAUUGACAGAAGCAGAGUGAACAGUCUUCCUAGAACACAGGGAAUGAUGAACACGUUCCGCAGUAUGCCAAGUGAGCCUGCCCCUCCACCGCGACCUCCCAAGAGACAAUCAUUCCCAACAGAACCUGCACCACCCCCUCCUCCCUCGUCACGGCAUGCUGCGUAUAAUGAUGAGGACGACGACGCCUACAGCUGGGGUGAUGAGUUUGACUACCAAUCUGACCCAGAAGACCAAGAUGCGCAUCACAAGACUAAGGACUAUAUAAAUGAACAGCAGUGGACUCCACAGGACCAGCAUGCCAACAGGGGAUACGAUCAACAAGAUACCUAUGAAGCUUUUGAUGAUGACGAUUAUGAAGAACCAGCAAAUUCCCCAACACAUUUAAGUCGCAGUGGCACAAUUCUGGAGAAACUACAGGCAGAGCUUUCACGAAGAGGAACCCUGAAAGGUUCUAAAAGAGACCCAGUACCAGACCCCAGUGAUGACAGCUCGGAUGAGGACUAUGUGGAGCCGCUGUCUGAAGGGCCUCCCACACCUUCACGUCGCCAACAACCUGUACCAACACCACCUGAGAGAGUAGCCCCGCCCCGCCCUAAACACAGGUCAGCACCCCCACCUCCACCAGAUGAUGAGGAUGUGUAUGAGGAGCCUGAGGAGGAGCUUGUCGUGAACAAAAAAGAAGAGAAAACACGGAAGAAAAGUCGUCAGUUGCCACCAGUCCCAACAGUCCCUACAGAUGACCGGCCACCUUUGCCCCCGCCAAGCAAGUCAGGUGGCCGGACAGGUGGCAGGCCUCCCCCUCAGGUUCCACAACAAGAACAAGAAUUAUAUGAGCCAAUGGAUCAAGGAGAAUUGUCAAAUGACUAUACCAGCUUGGAACAAGCAUCAAGAGGAAGCCGAGUCCCUGACCCGCCUAAAUCCUCCCGCCCACAACCUUCUGAAAGAUCAAGUCGUCCAUUGCCUACUGUUCCUAGCUCAACAGAGAAGCCUGAGAGAAAAGCGAGGUCAAAAAAUGGCGUUCCUUCAUCACCAAAGCAGGAUGACCUGGAGCAGUAUGAGUGGUACCACAAGAACAUCGAGAGGCCGGCAGCGGAGGCCCGACUCAUGGAAAAGAGGGAGGACGGGAUGUACCUGAUCCGGAAGAGCAAGCGUGGUGGCACGGAGCAGCAGUACACGUUAACAAUCUACAAACAGGGGCGCGUCUACAACCUGCCCAUCAGGAAGAGAAACACAGAUGGCAAGUUUGCCCUUGGAGCAGCCAAACCAAAUGAACUUGACUUUGACACAGUGUCUGGCCUUGUGGACUACUUCAAGAAGCAGCUGAUUAAACUCAACCCUAACGCCAAGAAUGCAGCAGGCAGCACGAGGCUGGUCAUUCCGCUCAGCAAGUAGCCACAACACUCUGCUUGGAGAACCAUGCCAAUGUCUUCCAAAUUGGGUGUAGCAAUUACUUGAGACUUCCUGUGAUGGUAGUAGCUGCGUAGCUGAAGGCUGUGACAGACUCAACAACUGCUUGGUCCACACUAUGUGUGGUACUGGUCGGAGUUCUCAGUCAUCGGUAGAAAAUAUCACUGUCAACAUAUAUUUGUUAAAGCUGCGUAAUCACAUUUUCUGACUUUAUUUUUGUACACAAACGUAUUUAAUGUGGGAGAAUAGAUUCCCAAAUAUGGCAUUUAUUAUAGGAGUAAAACAGGUAAGAAAACCUAAUGUCAUUGUCAGGUAAUAAAUUAUGAUAAAUGUCUGUAAUGAUAGUGUUGGUCAUGUAACCUGAACCGCAACACACAUAAGACCAUGUGAGGUGUACAAGAUAACAAUAUAUGUAACAGUGUAUGGACAGCCAUUGAAGUACUGAUUGGAAAACCCAACACUUGGAAUUAUGUUCCAAAUGAGAAUAUAAGAGCAGUAGCCUUGUUAGUGGUACCGGUAAGCACUUGCUCAUGAAUACACCAGGGCAUAUUCCCCACAUGAGUACAGUGUGUGUGUCCCCAAUGUGACAUUGUUUGAAUACCGUUAAAAGUGACAUAACUCUUAUACCGGUUGCAGUUAUGGAUUAAAAUACUUUGUACGUAGCUUUGAGGUUAAUGAGCCUGUCCUGUCUUUUCUACUUUUAGUGCAUGCCCUGUUGUAGGUCAGGGUAGUGAUACAUUUCCUUUUUGCUUUUCACUAUUUUCAUAUCCUAGAUCCUGAGCAACCAAUACAACUGUAAUUCCCAAUCUUAGUGAAUAGGUCCUAAAAUAAUGAUAUUAUAAACAGGAUAUGUACAAUUUAUAUAGUGCUAUAGCAGUCAGGCUGUGAGAAAAGUGAAUCUGAGUUCAAGAUUGUUUUAGUAUGGUGGUAUAUAUUUUAUUAUUAUGAAAAGAUUUAGAGAAAUGUUUAGGUUCUUGAUGUCCAAGAACAUUUUGUACAUAAUACUGUAUGACACUGAAAUCAAAUAUGUGUAUUGCACAACUGUUAUAGCUUUUAUAGAGUUUUUCACUUUUGCAUAUUCACAACUGGUUGAACCAAAGACUUUUUUUUAUACAACAAUUGACGUUACUUAUGUUAGCUUCGUAAUUUAUCUCUACCGUGUUGUUUUCAUGGCACAGGUAAAAUGCAUGGGUUGGUGGCAUGCUUCGAGUUGACAUAAUGUUGGUCAGUUAUAUGGCUUCAAAUGCCUCAAACCAUGCUCAAAUUGUUCUGAGUUGAUAUGAUCAGAUCGUCCGAGGUGAUACAGAAUCCGCCAUUUCGUCGCUUUGAAAACCUUGAAACUUUUCUGAAUGAGAUGGACAAUCAGGACAACUUUCUGGAAAGUGUUUUGUUUUUUAUAAAUUUUUGAACUAAGUGAAAAGUCAAAGAAAAGAUUGAAGACAAAUUGCCAGACUAUUUAAAAAAGGGGAUCUAGAACUGGAUACACACACUGAUGGGCGAAAUACAUUUCUGGAAAACAUCAGUGUCUCUGACAAUGUAACAUUUUUGGGAAAAUACAGUUGUGGAUGGCCGAUUAUUGGGGUAGUGGUUAACUGGCGAUAGGUUAAUUAUGUCAGAAAAAGAAAGAUCUUGGUUCUCCAUCAGAAAUAACAUUCCAGCAUGAAAGAAUUACAUGUCUGCAUUGAGACAGUGAACAUUCAGGCCCCAGGGAGCAUUCAUUAUUUUAUCUUCAACUAAAACUAAGCUGACCAAUUGUUCAAUGUUUUUACAGUCAUUCAUUUUCAGCUAUGUCGGUAUUAUGUAGACAUGCAGAUAUUUCAGCUUUGGAAGUGUAUAUUCAGAAAUGUCUAUAUCCCCUGAGCACCAGCAUCUAUAGGACAUCCGAUGAUUGCCCAUGUCAGUCUGUUUAUUCAAAAAAAUUUAUAUGAACAUUUCAUAUGUAACUCAAAUUUGGGGAAAGACCAUUGUCAACAUAAGUACAAAUUUUAUCUAUUUAUUACCUAUCAUUACAUUUUGUUCAAAAAGCAUAAUAUAUAUAUGUAUGAAAUGAGCACUGAGUAUGUUGUGGGGCUGUGCACGAUGUUGCAACAAUUCUGACUGUUCCCAAAAGGGUGCUUUAUAUUUGGGGUGACAUUGAUUAGAAAGUUUCAUGAUACAAAGUUUUUCUGUAUGUAUAGAUAGUUUUCACAUGUUAAUCAUAAUGCGAUCCCCCAAAAUGCACAACAGUGUUGAUCUCUCAAAGAGGGUCCUACACGACAUUGUUACAAAGUCCACCUUGUGGACAGCUCUCAGUGUCAGUUGUUAUCUCAAUAUAGGGCACUUCAGGAACAGACAUAGCAAUUUGAUAAUUUGGGUGCCCUGUCUUCUGAAUUUAAAAAAAUGAAUUGUUUUCAGACCAAAAUUACGAAAUAUGUGUCCUGAGUGAACUUAUUCUGAGCCUUGGCGAGACACAUUCAACAUAAAUUCAUGAGUAACUCAGAGUUGCAAGGUUAUUCUUUACAUUAAUGUAGACAUUUUCCAAGAAAAUGCAUAAAGUUAAGACAACAUAUCAGUAAUGCUAUUGUUGGAGUGACAUGAACAAUGGAUGACAACAUGUUCAAUAAUUUGCUAUGUGCCUCGGCACACAAAACAAUUUAACCAAUCAGCAUGAAGCAAACAAGUGUGUAAAUCCUUGCCACUGUGGGGGAAAAAAACAAGUUGAAACAGGAAAAAAGGUCACACCUAAUAUAACCAACAGACAUCUUAAUAUGUUUCACAACAUCUGUUUUUGAUUUUAGAAAAUGUUUUCUUGUCUGCUAAAUAUUCAGAAAAGUCAAUAGUUAUUAUAGCUACUUGGACUAGCUCACUGAUGUUUAUUUCAUACUUUAAACCAGAUUUUUGUUAUUACACUUGGACCACCAUUAUAAUUUUACUGUUUUUCAUUUUGUAAGACUUUUUGCUCAAAUGAAGCACACAGCAUGCACAGGAACACUAUUAUGUUAUUCUGUUGUUAUAGAGCAUUCCUAAGUGCGACACAUUGUGAAAGGGUUGUCUUGUUCUCAAGAGUUGUUGUUUGUUUCUGAUCGUUGGUAGACCUUUUGUUGGAAUGUGUUCAUUGUGUACUACUCAACAUUUGCUAAGAUUAUUGGCUUACUUCAUAACGUUAUGAAAAUAGAAGACAUCACUUAUUAAGUUGUGUACUUAUGUUUAAUGGACUUGAACAAACAUGCUUCAGUAACUUGGCAUCAGUGAAUGUUAUUAAUCAAUUAAAGCAAGUCACUUUCAGAACUAUCUCCCAGAAUAUCCCCAUCAAAUGUUGAGUAGAAUGUUACGAAAGAUCUUCAUUGCAUACAAAGACUUCAGAAGAAAUGGUAAUGCUUCACAACUUACAUGAUACCUCCCCAUCGUGUUGUCAUAUUGCUGCAUAGACACUUACAAUGUACCAAUGGCAUGCAUAAUGCUUGGAUAGUUUGUUAAAUAUGUCAAAAUGUUUUUGUAUAUGUUUUAAUAAACAUUUGACCGAA